AUGUGUCAAGCUCAGCAGAUCAUAUAUAAAAUUAUUGUUCAAAAUAUGGUCUUCUUAUUUCAAGCUAAAAAUUACAGGACGUUAAAAUCCCUUCUAAGACAGCACACUUUCUUCAAAUUUCCGUUCCCAAGAUUCUUUUCAAGCAAUUCUGACUCCCUUCCAAAAGACGGCUCAAAUGUCGAAUGAGAUCUCAAUAACGUAAUUAUGGUCUGAAAUACGCCUUAUACAGCACAUGAAUGAGAUAUUUUAAGAUUUUUUAAACAGUGUGGAGAGCCCAAAUUGGCCAAGAACUGAACUGCAAACAAAUCAAACACACUAAUACAGUUUCAAAACGAAUCAGAAGUAAAUAAAGCUCUUGCAUUAAAUCGCACUGAAUUUAUGGGUCGCCCACUUUUUAUUAAGAAAAUUGAAGGCAAAGAGGAAAACAAAACAAUUUUAGCAUGAAAUAUCCCAAAAAUAUUAGAACUUAAUAAGCUUAAGCUGAAGGAAUUUUUUGAAGAUUAUGGAACGGUAGUUGAUAUUCGCCUAAAUAGAAACUACAAAAAAGAAUUUUUAGGGAAGGCAUUUAUUGAAUUUAAGAGUACAGAGGAUGCGCUGAAUGCAUUUAAAUUACAUAAUAAAAAGUUUUUACUACUCCCCCCCCCCCCCUCCGUGAGCGAACAAAAAAAUUUUGUUCGCUCACGGAGGGGGGUUAAAUUUUUUUUUUUAAAAAAAAAUUUAUAUAUAAAUUUUUAUAAAAAAUAUUUUUUUCGAAAUUUAAAAAAAUCCUAAUUUAAAAAAAUUGGGAAGCAAAUAUUAAUUUAAUUUGCAAAAUUUAUGUUUUAAAACGCAAUUUGUUUAAAAUUAAACAGAAUUAGCUCUAGAUUUCAUUAUACUAAUUAUCACUUAUAUAUCAAAAUUUUUUUCCAUUAAAAAUUUUUUCUAUUAAAAAAAUUUUUGUUCACUCACGGAGGGUGGGUUUUUGGUCAAAAAAUGGCGAUUUUUCUAAUGGUUUUGUUCGCUCACGGAGGGGGGGGGGGAGUUAGGAAAAAACAUACAGCUGACCACAGCAAUUAACAAGCCUCCAAGAUAA